AUUCAACCACUCGCUUCUCUGUUCCAGUGUGUUUACUACACUGCCGAGCAUUAGGGAGACACUCGUCUUCACAUGCACUGAACCCGCGAAUAAAAGCCGUUUUAGUCGUAUUUGUAAGAAAACCUCCAAGAAAUCAUCAUGCCCAAGAGAAAGGCACAAGGAACAGAAGGAGGAGAGAAGGAAGAGCCUCAGAGGAGAUCGGCCCGGUUAUCAGCGAAGCCGGCCCCACCUAAACCGGAGCCAAAGGCCAAGAAGGCAGCAAAGAAAGAAAAGGCUGUGAAUGAUAAGAAGGAGGACAAGAAGACCAAGAAGGCAAAGGAGAACGCCGAAGCAGAGGCCAACGAGGAGAACCACUCUGAGAACGGCGAGGCCAAGACCAACGAGGUGGAAGCAGCCCCCGAGGAGGCCAAGGAGGAGGCCAAGUCCGAGUAGCACCACUGCCCAACUUCUCCUCCUCUACGACCCACCUACCCAGCCAGCCAGCCCUCCCUCUCCUCCUCAAGUCUCACACGGUUUCCCUCCAAGGCGUAUUGUUAACAGAGGAAUAUUUUUAUCAAUGAUUUUAUAAGUAUCCGUACAGAUUUUUAGCACAAAAAAGCAAAGCUGAACAUGGAGCGCCUUGCAGAUUUGCAGUGGUCAUAUCAAGUGUCUGCAAGAUUAAAAAAAACACACUAAAAUCUUUUUUAAAAGGCAUUUUAUGAUUACGGAAGGCUCGUUUGGUGUAG